GGGAGCGGGCGGAGCGGCCCGGCCGGGUGACGGCGUGUCGGGGCGGCCCCGGGGCAGUGCUGGACGUGGGGAAUGUCGUACUGGCUCCACUCGGCUGCCGGGCCGAUCUACGUGCGUGAACGUGGGGAGCUGCGCGUGGUGAGCCCGGGUGCGGGCGGCAUCCAGAACGGGGCCCGCACAGCGCGGCCUGUCCGCCUGUUCCCCGCUGGGUUCUCCGUGGAGCUGCGUCUGAACGGGGAGGACGACAGGGCCAGGAGGCCGAGGACCGAGCACUUCAUCUUCACCUACACCAAGGAGGGCAACCUGCGCUACUCGGCCAAGUCCCUGUUCAGCCUGGUGCUGGCCUACAUCUCCGACAACGUUGACCACAUCGACUCGCUGGUGGGUUUCCCGGAGCAGAUCGCAGAGAAGCUCUUUUCGGCCGCAGAAGCGAGGCAGAAAUUCACAGAACCCGUGACGGGACUGCGAGCCCUGCAGAAGUUCACCGAGGCGUAUGGCAGCUUGGUGCUGUGCUCCUUGUGUCUGCGGAACAGAUACCUGGUUAUCUCUGAAAAGCUGGAAGAAAUCAAGUCUUUCCGGGAGCUGACCUGUUUGGAUCUUUCCUGUUGUAAACUUGGAGAUGACCAUGAACUUUUGGAACACCUCACUAAAGAGGCUCUGUCGAGUGUAAAACAGCUUCUCCUGAAAGACAACGCUCUGUCAGACGCGGGCCUUCGCAGGAUGACAGCACCAGUACGAGUACUGAAAAAGGGACUUCAGAAUCUCCUGGUGUUAGAUUUGUCUUGUAACCCUAAAAUCACAGAUGUGGGAAUUGGAUACCUUCUCUGUUUCAAGAAGUUGAGAUGUUUGGACAUUUCUGAGACAGGCCUCAAGGAUGUGAAUGCUGUUGUUAAGCGGAUUCAAACGCAGAUAGGCUUGGUUCAAUCCAAAGUGCCUCUGAAAGAAUUUGAUCAUAGUAACUGCAAAACAGAGGGAUGGGCAGAACAGACAGUUCUGCAGUGGGAGCAGGCAGUUAUGGAGGCCAUGAAGCCACAAGAAGACUUGAGGUCCAGAACAGCAGCUCAGCGCUUCUAUGGCAAGACACACAGAAUGGAGGAAGUGGUCAAACACAAGCUGGUGGAAGCAGAAACAAAAGCAUCUGGAAACUUACAGUUUUAUAAGGAAGACGUUCAAAAUUGCCAUUUACCUUUGAAAAAGGAGGUUGUGGGCAGCCAUGAAUUAAAGAACAAUAAAAAAAGAGCUUUGGCAGAACAAGAGAGAGAAAGGACUUCUAAACAGAAGCAUCUGUGCCUCACUGUGGAGGACUGGGAUUUGUUAAAUACCUACUGAGUCAGAAAGAAGAAGGUCUUUUGUUUGUUGUUUUCUUGCUGAUGACAGAGUUUAGAUGCAUUGAAAGGCAGUAACAAAGGAGAGCAGUAUUGUUGCAUCUGGUUGUUGUGAUGGGCUUGUGGGCUGACCUAUGCUCGGGGAGGGAGGGCAGGGUCAUUGAAGAGAGUGGUGAUUCUGCUGUAUAUUUUCAAUACAUAAUUUUUUUCAAAUAAAGUUUUUAGUGUCAUCCUUAA